AUGAAGUGCUUCUUCUACUUCAAAGGCAAGUCCAGGAGUAGGAAUCAAAGAUCGGCACCUGAAUUGAAAGAGCAGCAAGAAUCUGACUUUUCGGGGUGUAGUCGGACCGUUGCUUCUUCGUGCUCUCUGACUUCGCCUCGGAGUGUACCUGAAUUGUAUGAAGAGAAAGCACAUCAUUUGAGGGUAUUCUCAUUUACAGAGCUGAGACAGGCAACACAAGACUUCAACAGGCUUCUUAAGAUUGGACAAGGGGGAUUCGGGAGUGUAUUUAAAGGCUCAAUUAAGCCUGUUGAUGGGAAUGGAGAUCCCCUUGUUGUUGCUAUCAAGCAACUGAGCCAGGAUGGCUUACAGGGCCAUAAGCAGUGGCUGGCUGAAGUUCAAUUUCUUGGUAUUGUGGAGCAUCCAAAUCUUGUCAAACUCAUAGGAUACUGUGCUGUGGAUGGAUCAAGAGGAAUUCAAAGACUGCUUGUUUACGAGUAUAUGCCAAACAGAAGCUUGGAAGAUCAUCUGUUCAACAAGGCGCUACCACCACUCGCUUGGAAAACAAGACUCCAUAUAGUUCUUGGAGCAGCCCAGGGAUUGGCUUAUCUGCAUGAAGGAUUGGAAGUUCAGAUAAUAUACAGAGAUUUCAAGAGCUCAAAUGUGUUGCUGGAUAAAAACUUUCAUCCAAAACUUUCGGAUUUUGGGCUUGCCAGGGAAGGGCCAGAAAUCGGGCGUACUCAUGUUUCAACGGCAGUAAUGGGGACAAAUGGAUAUGCAGCUCCAGAUUACAUCGAGACGGGACAUCUCACAGCAAAAAGCGAUGUAUGGAGCCUUGGCGUUGUGCUGUAUGAGAUUCUGACAGGAAGACGGUCAUUGGAGAGAAAUCGUUCAAGAUCAGAACACAAACUUGUGGAAUGGGUCAAACAUUUCAAUCCUGACAGUAAAAAGUUUAGUUUGAUAAUAGAUCCUAGGCUUGAAAACCAGUAUCCGAUCAAUGCAGCUAGAAAACUAGCUAAGUUAGCAGAUACUUGCCUGGCUAUGAAUGCGAAGGAUAGGCCCUCGAUGGCCGAGGUAGUGAACAGCUUGAAGGAGAUUAUCAAAUCUGAGGACAACAGCCAACCUUAUGAGAAAAGUCCCGAUUCUGUCAUUGACGAACCUGACAUGGAAAGAGAGCCAGAGAAAAUGGAAGCACCGAAAUCGUGGAGAAGGCGAAUGAGCCACCUGCAGAAACUGGGAGAGCAUGUGGAUGGUGCAAGUAGAAGAAGAUUUAUGAUAAUGCAAAGUGCAAAAGUGCCUUAAAACUUGGGUUUCUUGUUUCAGAAUCAGAUUUUGAUAUACAGACUAAGCUGUAUUAUUGAAAGAAAAGAAACCGAAUACAACAGAAUUGCAAUCAAGAAAUGAAAUGAGAAAUAUUGAGACAAAAACACAGGACACAAAGUAGAAUAUCUGCUGCAGGAGGAGAACAGAAGCUAAUGUAAAUACUAAUAGUCUAAUUGAGCAAUUUUAUUCUAUUGUUUAAAAUGCUUCAGCUUUUGAUCUAUGGGACCCAGAAAACAAACAAGAUGAAAUUUAUCAUGAGGGAUGCUGACUGGCUAUGGUCUGGUGGGCGGUUCCAUCUUCAUCCACUUGAAAGGGAUAGGUCUCUGCAAGGGUUUCUUGCAAUUUUUAAACAUGAUUGCUUUAAUUGUUAAUUUCUAAAUAUUGAUUAUGUAUCUACUUGGUCAAGAUGAUAGUGAGAGCCGUAUGCCCCACUUUUCCCUCUUGAAA